UGCUGCUGCUGCUCGUGGGACUUUUUGAUGCGUAACAGGUAGGAGAGGGUGGGGAAGUGGAGCCAUCCCAGUCUGAGCCAGCGGCGGCAGCAGCGGCGAGGACCGGCGCCCUGUGCAUCCACUUCGACCCUGGGGAAGCCGGCCAGAGGAGGCUGCAGGAAAAAGCUGGACCCGCUAACCGCAGGCGCCUUCAGCGAAGAUGAGCGCAGUAUCUCAACAACAGGCUGUCCACAGCCACCUGGAGAAGCCAUCUACUGCAAUUCUGUGUAACACCUGUGGGAAUGUGUGCAAAGGAGAAGUUUUGCGAGUCCAGAACAAGUAUUUUCAUAUAAAGUGCUUUGUUUGCAAAGCCUGUGGCUGUGACUUGGCAGAAGGUGGUUUUUUUGUGAGGCAGGGAGAAUACAUUUGUACCUUGGACUAUCAAAGACUCUAUGGUACCCGCUGCUUCAGCUGUGAUCAGUUCAUCGAGGGUGAAGUGGUGUCAGCUCUGGGGAAGACCUAUCACCCAGAUUGUUUUGUGUGUGCUGUUUGUAGAUUGCCUUUUCCUCCUGGUGACCGGGUGACCUUUAAUGGGAAGGAGUGUAUCUGCCAAAAGUGUUCCCUGCCCCCCACUACCAGCGGGAGCUCCUACCUCCUCCAAGGACUCCGGAAUUGUGGAGGCUGUGGAGCAGAAAUCAAAAAUGGCCAAUCUCUCGUGGCUCUGGACAAACACUGGCAUUUGGGCUGUUUUAAAUGCAAGACUUGUGGAAAGCAACUGAAUGCAGAGUAUAUUAGCAAGGAUGGGGUGCCCUACUGUGAAGCCGACUAUCACACUAAGUUUGGCAUUAGAUGUGACAGCUGUGGAAAAUACAUUACAGGCAGAGUAUUGGAGGCAGGAGAAAAACACUAUCAUCCUUCUUGUGCAUUAUGUGUCAGAUGCAGCCAGAUGUUUGCGGAAGGCGAGGAAAUGUAUCUUCAAGGUACAUCCAUCUGGCAUCCAGCCUGUAGACAAGCAGCCAAAACAGAAGAAAAAAACAAGGAAACAAGAACUUCCUCAGAGAGCAUAAUUUCUGUGCCUGCCUCAAAUACAUCAGGAUCUCCAAGUCGUGUGAUUUAUGCUAAGCUUGGAGAUGAGAUUCUUGACUACAGAGACUUGGCUGCCCUUCCUAAAAACAAGGCCAUCUAUAACAUCGACCGCCCAGAUAUGAUCUCCUACUCUCCGUACAUCAGUUACUCCUCAGGUGACAGGCACAGUUAUGUAGAGGGUGACCAAGACGAUCGAUCAUACAAGCAAUACAGGACCUCCAGUCCAAGCUCUACAGGAUCAGUCAGCUAUGGGCGUUAUACUCCAACUUCCCGCUCCCCUCAGCAUUAUAGCAGACCAGGCAGUGAAAGUGGCCGGAGUACUCCCAGUUUAUCCAUGUAUUCAGACAGCAAACCUUCACCUUCUACCUAUCAGCAGGCUCCUAGACAUUUCCAUGUGCCAGUGACAAAGAAAUUAGAUGAAGAUGGAAGUUUUGAUCCAGAUAACCGCAAGCAAAAGAGCAGUUGGCUGUUUCUCAAGGGGGAUACGGACACUAGAACAAAUUCGCCUGACCUGGAUACACAGUCACUCUCUCAUAGUAGUGGGACAGAGAGAGACUCUCUCCAGAGGAUGCAAGGAGACUUCUAUUCACGAUUCCCAUAUAACAAAUCUGCUUCUCUACCUGGAUAUGGAAAGAAUGGAUUCAACCGGAAUGCAAAUUUGGCCCAGUAUGAAGCAGACCAGGAUACCAGUUGGGGGAUGCGAGAAUACAAGAUUUAUCCCUAUGACAUGCUCAUCGUCACAAACCGAAUUCGGGUGAAAUUACCCAAAGAUGUGGACAGGACCAGACUGGAGAGACACUUGUCCCCUGAAGAGUUCCAGGAAGUCUUUGGGAUGACCACAGAAGAAUUUGAUCGCCUGGCUCUUUGGAAAAGGAAUGAAUUAAAGAAGAAGGCAUUGCUUUUCUAACCUCUCCUAGAGGGGGAAAAAAAAAUGUGCUUGUUCAGUGAAAGCAAAACAAAAGAAAAGAAAAAACACAACCUAAAGUAGUGUUCCAGAACUAUUGCAUACACUUGCUACCGCACCAUUCUCCUACUUCUGUGUGUUCAUGUUGGGGGGUGGGGGGUAGUGAUCAAAGGAGGAGUUUAGCUCAUAGGAUUUUGGAACAGAGGCCAUUUGGGAAUCUGGCUCUGGCUUGGAGAUUAGCCACUGACUCUACUCCUCAGAUGGUUAAAAGGAAAAAAAAAUGAAAGAAAGAAAAUAGCCUUAAGUCACCCGUUUCUCUGUGUAAGUUAACAUGAAAGGGAUGUUUAAAGGGGAGGGAGAGGAUAAGGGAAGGGUGAAACAGCUGUGGUGAGAGAAAUGAUAGCUCAUUUGUUGGCUUUUGAGAAAGUGUGUUAAAAUGGCAGAAGUAGUGAGGAAGCCUUGAAUGCCACCUUUUAGAUAAGGGAAGACAGACAAACUUUCCAACAUCAAAGGGAAUGACAUUUUUAGUUAAGAAUCUAGGCUGAAGAGAGGCAGAUUAGUGAAGGGUUGCUUUUUAGGGGAAAAGAUAAAUUUCCCCCUGAAAUUGAAAGAAAGUCUUUGACCAGUUAUAUUUGGAGGCAUUGAGCUAUGAUGGUUUGAAAGUGUCUCACACACACACACACACACACACACACACACACACACACACACACACCUCUCAAUGGUAUCUUUAAUUAUACAAGAGUUUUUAUUUUAUUAAAAAAAAGUCUAUUGACACAUGACUUAUUAUAGCAUACUAAACAAUAAAAUGACCUAUAUAAAGAGCUUAAUUUUAAUGUCCCAUUCAACAGAAAUCCUGAAGCCUUAUACCUACUGGGUUCAUAGCUGCGUAGUUUCUGUUAUUGCAAUGUUGCUAACCUAUACAUACAUAUAUAUAUAUAUAUAUAUAAAAAUAUACAUAUAUAUUAUAUACAACUUUUCUACACUUCCCCCAGGUGAUGUGAAUGGCAUCCCUCUGUAAAAGAAUGCUAUUUGUACAUAAUUAUUAUAAAGGCACCACUCUUUCCUCUCCUUCUCUGGCUUCAUCUCGUGAGCCUGAUAAAGAUAACUUAGUCUUCUGACAGCAAAAUCUUGGGACUGUAGGAGCUCAGCAAAUGAAUAAAUAAAUAGACUAGAAAGCCUAGCUCUCCCUGUGGACAAAUUGAAAAAAAUAAAUAAACCCAGGCCAAAUACCUGCAUGUUCCUGAACAAACUGGAUGCCUGCAUAAUCACAAUGUACAGGGGGAAGAGGGGAUGCUUUGCUUUUGCAAGGCAAAGCUAUUAAAAUGCUUCAUAGGUUUUGGAUGUAAGCAUUAGGUUCCUGAUGCAAUGAAGACUGUAAAAUUACUGACACCGUGUGGGAAGAAGUCUAGGGUGGUGAGAGGGUUGGAAAUACAGCAAAUCAAUAGUUUUACAUAAUUCUAAAAACACAUUAUCCAAAGUAUAUUUUCCAGUUCUCUGUUGUGGUCUGCAUUUUUCUUGUCUGGAAUGUCUGUGUUCCUAGUCUACAUUCACUCUAUAUCUUUGAGCAGUUCCUUAAAGUAACUGCUCACAAUGUGCACUGCUUCAAACUAAUUCAACAUGUCCAGGGAUGGAGGCCUUGUAGUAGUCAACUUUAUGUCUUUGAAUUAGCUGGUGAGAACGGAGUGGUCAGAAAGGAGCUAUUUUCUCCUCAACUCAGAGCUCUGUCUGAUCCUACCGACACCUGGGAAAAUAAAGUCAUUUUUGCUCAAUAAAGUAAAAAGCGUGUGAUA